UGACAUAAAUUCAGCGGCGGCCAUAUUGGUGGAAAAGAGUGUCGCGCGGUUCUUUGUUAUGAGAGAGAAAUCGUUCAGCUUGAUAUCAAUCCAAGAUGCCUUGCUACUGCAUCGUUUUGAACUGUCAGACACCAAGUAGAGCCAAGGGUCGAUCGUACUGCCGCAUCCCCGCCAUCAUCACAAACCAAGGCGAGGAAACACAGCGGCUGUCCGAGGAAAGGCGGCGGCUGUGGCUGGCCGCCAUCAACCGAGGCGAGCUCACGGAGAACACCCUGCAACAUGCUCGCGUCUGCGGGGCUCAUUUCGUAUCGGGGAAGGCAGCGCCUCUGUGGAACAGGACCAGCGUAGACUGGGUGCCAACGCUAAACCUCAGGCUACAGACCAUUAGCGUAGACGAGGAAAGGGCGCAGGAAAGAGCAUGGAGACAGUUUACGAAAAGGCGGAGGAGGGAAGCGGGUCAUCAGAUGAUUGGGGCGCAUAGUAUCGAAGAGAAACAUUCAAGUGGAGCACAGGCAGGAGGUGACACCACGGCACCGAGCACAUCGAAGCGUGCUCGUGUCUCGGACAGUUUACAACAUGGUGGUGAAGAUUUACAUGGAGCUGGUGACCAUGUCAGUGAAGAGGACAGUACUCCAAUGGUGGGCACCCUCGGCUUCUCCAAGGAGACAACCCUUGCCCUGUUGAACAGAAUGUUCACAGAAGAGCUGCUGUCCGAGCUCAACCGGAGAAGCAUCGUGGUGAAGCCAGCAGGCGGAGACAGGCCCAGGGGCAGGUCCGACCUUGAACAUGUGCUGAGAGAGGUCAUGACGAGAGAGUACGAAGAAGCGGAGGGGAACAGUGGUACUAGCAUGGACACGAGUAACACUAGCUCUACAUUCGAGCACAGUCGUAGUGACGCUAGCUCAUCGUUCGAGCACAGUUCUCGGCUUGAUGAAGAGACAAGUGGUAGCGAAGUGUUUUCAGGACCAAACAAUGAACAAGCCCCCACAGAUAAUAUCCAGGAACCCACAAUGAUGAUUCAACAGACUUCUACUAGCAGACAAGCAGCAGACAUGAACAUCUCUGAGGCUCCAAGUACUUCUAGUGCGUACCCUGUAGAAGUACUGGUCAAGAAAGAGCCUGUCGAAGAUGUUGAGUACUGUGUGGCCACAUCUUCUAGUUCUUCCAACAUUGUUGCAAGCACGACAGAACCCUCAACGAGUCAAACGGGGCAUCCAGGCAUUGGAGACGGGUCACAAGGAAGAUUGGCACGAAACCUUAGUCAGGCCGAGAGAAUUAAGACGGAGUCAGAGGUGGAAGAAGGCACAGAAGAUAUUGAGCAGGAGGACUUGAGUAGUGAGCACUGUCCUUCCUCGCCAAGACAACUGUCUCAAGAGCUAGACAAGGUGGAAGUGUCCACAGAAGACGAAGGAGACGCCAAGCCAUCAACUUCGACUGAAGAACCAGUGAAGACAAGGGUAAGACCCAAACAACCGAGAAAGACGUGGGACAAGGACAUAAUUGCAAAAAUGUUGCAAGACAUUAUCGAGAACAAGCUGUCAAUCAGUGCGGCGUCCAGAAAGUACGGCGUUCCCCAGUCGACAGUGAGUGACAAGAUCAAAGGCAAAUCUGCCAUGGACGCGACGAACGGGAGGCCCUGCAUCAUUUCACAAGAUGAGGAAAGCAGCGUCAUCUACUACAUGAAGUACCGCGCUGAUCGCGGGUUUCCCACCACCAAGAAGACAAUUCUCGCGCUAACGCUUGCGGUCCAUCUGCGGCACUGUGCAGAAAACGGAUCGGCGCCAAAGAUAGACCCUCAAAAGGGAUUGUCUCAAAAAUGGUGGAAGCGGUUCAAGGAACGCAACAUAACGAUCGUCCGACAGCUGGAUUCUCUGAACAACGUCAUCGGAAAAUCUGUGGACAGAACGAAAUACUUCUCCGCACUGCUGACAGCCACCAUGGCGAAGGAAGGCCUGACUGGUCAGCCACACCGCAUUUACCAUGCAGAUGAGGUCGGAUUUGACCUUGAUCCUAUGCUGGAGCCGCUGACGUUUGCCAGGAUAAACGUUCCAGGUGCUGCCAUUAGGAUAGGCAGCCACGAUCACAAAUUGACCUGCUUGGAGUGUAUCGCUGCUGACGGUGCAGCUAUCCCUCCUUUGAUCGCCUUCUCAAAGUCUUUCCCCACCACAGAUUACAGCUCGGAAGGUCCAGACAACGCACGGUACGCCCUAACGCCUUCAGGAUUCAUCGAGGGCGGCGCUUUCCUGUGGUGGCUGCAGGAAUGUUUUCUGCGGUUUUGCUCCCCUGUGCGACCUGUUCUGGUGUUGAUGGAUGCAAGCAGCACUCACGUGACACCCGAAGUCAUGGAUUUUGCCUCGAACAAUGACAUUAUCCUCAUGGGCCUACCAAGUCGCAGCAGUGUUUUCAGACACCCACUAGACGUUCCUUUCGAUCGAAUGAAGACACAGUUUAAUCGCGUGGCUAAUGAUCCUCUUACACCAGAACUCACCCUCAGAAAGUCAUCCUUCUGCAAGAUCUAUACCAAAGCUAGAGAAGGCGUUCUUUCAAAGACUGUGAUCGAGGUGGCCUUCAAGUCGUCCGGUGUAUAUCCUGUUGGUGAGCACAGUAUGAACCAGCAGCCGUUCAAGUCUAACGAUGCCCCGACGGUCGCAAACGCCAGCAAAGGAAGUGAUGAUCAUGACGAUGAAGAAGCAGAAGAUCGCUAUCCGGCAUUGCUGCCGGAAGAGCGGGAGAUGGUGUCACGCGCAAAGGAACUUGAGGAGGAAGGACGAUCUUAUCAGAUUCCCGAGAAAUUCUCAUCGCCCGACAGUGUUGAAGAGGGGACAGAGCAACUGUUCCGGGACAAGGCUGGGUGCUCAGGAUGGAUGUGUGACUUCUUUCCAUGGUUAACAAAGGAUUGAUGACGACGAGGCGUUCUCUCAGCAGUCGUUGUAGGACUGACAUCAGAACACACCUCGAGGCUUCUUGUCGACACGUCUUCUCGUGCUAAGAUGACUUCUCAAGUGAGCAGUGGGGUGAAAUUUGUACAAUUAUGUCAGCAGAAGGCGCUGCAAAGAUUAAAUUCUAUGGACACGGACCUAGCCUCUGUCUCAGCUUGCAGGCGCCAUGGCUUCUAAUUUGUUCUAGUUAAGGUUCUACAUUGCAUGGCUUGGAUGGAACACCAUUUGUUGAUAUAGGCCACAUUCAUUGCAACUGUGAAGAAUUCAUUGUGCUAUGCCCACGGUAUUUGAUUUGGUUUGAUUUCUUGAGAUUCGUUCUUGAAUUCUACGAAUAUCAUGAUCUACAUUGCAAGUCUUGAAUAGAGUUAGUUGUUGUUAUUUACAUUUCUUGCAAGUUUUAGCAUCACAUGUGAUACACAUGUUUUUUAGUGUGCUGCGAUUAUUUUUAGAUAUUAAAAUAUAUAUAGAUAGAUAGAUAUAUGUUUGUAUAUUUAUGCUUGUUCUGAGAACAAGUUUUAAGGAAGUAUUGAACAGCGCUAGCCUAGUACAAAGCCUGUAAUGUCUGCAGAAUGUGCCCCAACUGAGCUAGUAUAGGAAGGAUACCAGACUUGCGGUCUUCGUUAAGACCUGAGAUCAACAAAAUUGACAUGCACACAGCUGACAAAACACCAUAUGAUUCACUUGUUUAUGGCAUUCAUGUAAUGAGUCUUACUUGCCAAUGAGGCAUUGAUUACUUAAGACAAUAGUAUUGGUACCAAGUGAUCAGCAGUUGUGACACGUCAUAUUAUUGCACUGUAUUUGAAGUAAGAAAACAUGUGGUACUUAAGUUUUUCCGCAUGUUGCUUCAAAUUAGGUAUAUUGUAAUCGAAUUUUACAAUCUAUAUUGAUGCUAGUAGUACACACUGAGCCCUAUCAUGAUCUGACUUUCCGUGCAUAGCAUUCAGUACUGUCAAUAAAUGACAUCUACCACUGUUA